AUGGCGUCUUCUGAUCCCAACAAGUUGUUAACCAAAGCUGAUAAACUAAUGAAACUCAGUCUUACUAGGUGGAGUGCUGAUUGGAAGAUUGCUACUGGUCUUUAUGAACAGGCUGCUAUUGGGUUUAGAGCUUCCAAGAAUCAUGAGAAAGACAAGUUGGCUUAUGAGAAAGCUUUGCAAGGACAAGAGAUGCUUUCUUCACCUUGGGAUGCGGCUAAGCACAUGGAAUCUGCUGCUGCUCUGGCCAAGGAGUUGAGCAACUGGAGAGAAGUUGGAGACUUCUAUCAAAAGGCAUCUCAGUUAUACAUGGAGUGCGGUAGACCACAACCUGCAUCGGAUGCUCUUGCAAAAGGGAGCUCAUGCUUUAUGCCUGAAGAAGCUAUUCAGUUAUAUACAGAUGCCUGUACAAUUCUUGAAGAUGAUAAGGAACAGAUGGCCUUUGAUCUCUACCGUGUUGUAACUAGUGUUUAUAUAAAACUUGAGAAAUAUACAGAUGCCGCAUCUUCCCUGUUGAGAUUGGGCUUGGCAGCUGACAAGUGUGAUGCUACCAAUAGUCAGUCCAAGGCUCAUCUUAGUGCCAUUAUUGUCUACCUUCACGAUCACGACAUCAAAUUAAGCUACCUCUUCGACUCCGCAAGUGACUUUGGCUUUGAGUUUUCACGUAAAGAGCUGCAAUGGAACAUGAAGAAAGGGUAA